AUGGCUGACAUUCGAGGAAUCAACCAUUCAUAUUAUAUGCACAAGAUUCGAUUGGAAGAAGGGAAAAUUGGAACAAUCAAGCCUCAAUGCAAGCUAAAUCUUAUUCAAUGCAUGGUAAAGAAAGAAGUGGUAAAGAAAGAAACUAUAAAGUUGCUCAACGCAGGGGUGACCUAUCCCAUUUUUUACAGUAGCUGGGUAAGCCCAAUACAAAGCAUCCCCAAGAAAGGAGGCACUACUGUAAUAGUCAAUAGCAACAACAAACUCAUCCCAUCCAUAACUGUCAUAGGAUGGCACAUGGACUAUAGAAAACUCAAUGUGGCGACCAAGAAAGAGCACCUUUCCCUUCCUUUUAUUGAUCAAAUGCUCGAUCGAUUGGCUGGUAAAGAAUUUUAUUGUUUCUUAAAUGGAUACUCUAGAUACAACCAGAUCCUUAUCGCUCUAGAAGAUCAAGAGAAAACAACUUUCGCAUGCCCCAUUGGGACAUUUGCAUUCUGA